CUGUAACAGCGAUAAACAGAGACAAACAACGAUUGGGAAUUAAUUCUGCCACAUUAAACCACAAUAAUAAAAGUGUCACCCGCGCAAAUCUAUGUUUAAUUGUAAAUAAAUGGACAGACCUGGACGUUCAACGUAGAAAUUCCAACAGAAAUCGAAAUAUGUGUGUUUAGUUGAAGAGAAGACACAGUCAAGGUAGUCGGCGAAUAUGACGAAAGUGAUUUUAGUGAUUUUUGUGCUAGUAAUGAUAAAUGAAUUAACUGGACAAAGAAAUCAAAGGUGUCUAAAUAGUUUGGGUCAAAAUGGCGUUUGUACAUCGAUCCUCGCCUGUGUGGGUUCUAAUUUCGUGACACAAGAUGAUGUAGAUCUUCUCCGAAGAUCUCCCUGUGAUGGAGGGGACCACUUGGUCUGUUGUGUCAACACAGCAAAUACUCAGUCCCGUAAUUCAGGAGUUAGUAACUUGUUUCCAGACAGAUCUACCUGCGGAAUACAGGUUGGAAAUAAGAUUUUUAAUGGCGGGGCCACAAGUUUGGAUGAGUUUCCUUGGAUGGCCUUAUUAGAAUACGAAAAUGGAAAUGGGAGAAGGAGUUACUUUUGCGGGGGGUCUUUGAUAACCUCCCGGUAUAUUUUAACAGCUGCUCACUGCGUAACAGGAUCUCAGUUUAAUUCUAGAAUGAUUAAAUUGGUAAGUGCCAGGUUAGGGGAAUAUGAUGUAUCCACAAAUCCUGACUGUGAAGGUUCAAAUCAAUUUCAAUCGUGUAACAAUCCGAUUGAUGUACCUGUAGAAAAGGUCAUUCCGCACGAAAACUACAAUUCAGAUAACAAGAACAAAUAUAAUGACAUAGCCCUUGUUAGACUUCGGAAUAAUGUGGAAUUCAAUGAUUUUGUAAAACCGGUUUGCUUACCGAUUGCAAAUGAGGACAGCCCAACUGGAUCGCUUUUGAUAGUGGCGGGCUGGGGCGCAACAGAGAGUGCCAGGAGAAGCUCCGUCAAAAUGAAAGUCCAGUUACCCAAAGUUGAUAAGCAACGGUGCUCUAGGAAAUUCGUCGAAGCUAAUAUCCAAUUGAACAACAAUCAAAUAUGCGCUGGUGGGGUUGAUGGUAAAGAUUCUUGCCAGGGAGAUAGUGGCGGACCGUUAAUGACCAGAACCUUCAACGACACGUCUCAGUGGUACAUUGAAGGGGUCGUAUCAUUCGGGAACAGAUGUGGUGAGAUUGGAUGGCCGGGGAUUUACACGAAAGUUUACAAUUACAUGGACUGGAUCAAGAAGAAUGUUGUGGAAUGUGCUGGAGACUCAUGUAAAACACCGAAUGGGGAUUCUGCUAUCUGCACCCCUAUAAGAUCCUGCAAAAUACUCUAUGAUGCCGUCCUGAGUAAAGACAACAGACAGUUACAGUUUAUAAAAGAGUCAUACUGCGGCUACGGGAAUGGUCCGUUGGUUUGUUGUGGUGUGUCGGAUAAUUAUGGAAUUUUAAGAGUUGCGUCGAGGAGAAGCGACCUAAUUCCAGACAGAUCAACAUGUGGAAUACAGUCGGACAAUAAAAUAUUGGGAGGCGAAAGCACUGGGUUGGAAGAGUUCCCGUGGAUGGCUCUACUUCAGUACCGACCUAGAAAUGGAGGUUCACUAAAGUCUUCAUGCGGAGGUGCUCUCAUUUCCAGCAGAUACGUCCUGACAGCCGCCCAUUGCGUCACUGGCGACAUACUAAGGGUCAUCGGAAAUUUAGUAAAUGUUCGAUUAGGAGAGUAUAACACAGACACCAAUCCGGACUGUAUUUUUCAAUCAGGAUUUGAAGAAUGCAAUGAUCCACAUCUAAAUGUGCCCGUGGAAGAAACGUAUCCUCAUGCUGAAUAUGACCCAGUCGGCAGAGGCAAUGACAUUGCCUUGGUAAGACUGGCAAGGGAUGUUCGAUUCUCAGAAUUCGUGAAACCGAUCUGCCUGCCGGAACCAAACGAAAGAUCGAACAUUGGAACCAACCUGGUGGUGGCUGGCUGGGGCCAAACUGAAACUGAAAAAAGCAGCAACAUCAAACUGAAAGUCAGUGUGCCUGUUGUAAGCACCGCGACCUGUGCCUCCAAGUUCUCUCAGUACAGCAUCCGAGUCCAAGACUCUCAGCUGUGUGCAGGUGGUGUAAAACAGAAAGACUCCUGCAAAGGGGACAGCGGUGGUCCGUUGAUGGCCAGGGCUAAGAAUGAUACUUCUCAGUGGUACGUUGAAGGACUUGUGUCCUUCGGGGCAGCUUGCGGUGAGGAAAACUGGCCUGCUGUUUAUACCAAAGUCUCCAGUUAUCUAGAAUGGAUAUGGACCAAUGUACGAUAACUUUUUUAUAUUAAUUUCACCAAAUCAUAUUUAUUUCUUUGUUUAUGUGAUUAAUUUUAUUCAGUAAAGUUAAUUGUAUAUAA